AAUAUUUGAGGAAGUGGUUUUGCCAGAAACAGGAAGCCCGGCGCUGCAUUUUAUGAACCAAGAUAAACUCGCACACUGAAUAGAUACGACCCCAACGAGGAAGACUUAUAACUUCCCAAAGCAAAAACCCCAGAGAUCACAACAUGGAGGCUCACCAAGUUUUGCUUCAUUCCUUCAUGUGGACCUGGAUAUUUGUCUUUUUCUUAUUUUCUUUGUGCUCAGGAAUGGACCCACCAACACUCACCCUGGAAACCAGAGUCUUUGUGGCAUUCGCAGGCGAAGAGCUCAACUUUAACUGUACGGUGCUGAAGCCAGCAAACCUAAGCAUCGACUACCUGACGUGUUUCAAUCCUCUCAACAAACAGAUCUUUAGCUGUGACAUCAGGGAGACUGGCAUCAGCCCUCAAUCAUUCAAAUUUACAUUGGAGCUGAAAAACAUGACCAGUUCAGGAGAGUACAGUUGUCAAUAUAAAACCUCCAAAGUGUACUGGUAUCUUCGAGUGACAAAUAAGCAUCCAGUUUUUCCAAGUGACAGCAAAAUGGACUCCGGAAUGUUCUAUAAAAAAGAAAUCAUCAUAGUCGGCUUCUUCACCGGUGUGCUGCUGGUUUUCAGCGUGGUUGGCUCAGUGUAUGUCUUCAGAGGACAUUGGAAAGAAAUCAACACUGAACAUGGCGACAUCGGCCAAAAACAAAAUCAGAACAGAGAAGAAAAUAAUGAAGGAGAGGUGGAGGAAGACAACGUGGAUGUAAUAACAGCUCCGUCUACGUCUUUCUAUGCUAGUCUAGAGACUCGGCCCAGGUCCAUUUAUGAUGUGCUGGACCACUCAGCUGCCAACAGGGAGCCAGGCCCAAGCAAAGCUAACCCCAAGAAAAAGGAACCAAAAGAAACGGUGGUACAGUCCACACAAGACCAGCAGGAAGGCGUAUUUGAGUGUGUCUAUGAGAAUUUUUGAAUCAGAGAUAAACUUUUUCCAACAGAUUGUAAUAUUUUUAUAUCAGUUGCUGAAAUGAUCUCAGUUUGCUUUGCUGUGGCAUCGUCACCUGUUACCAGAAUGUAUUUAGAUGCUUUGAAAAUGACAAAAACACAAUGUAAAAAUACUUUACAUUUACAUAUAAAUUAGUCAAGUAAAAUACAAAAGUAUUAACAGCAAAUGAUAUGCAAAGAAUAAAACCAAAAGUACCCAUUAGGUACAUAAGGUAAAAAUCUGCAUUAUAUUAUUUUGAUAUUUUACUAAUACAGAUGCAUUAACAUUGCAAUGUUUAGUUGCAGUGGAGCUAAGCUAAUAAUAACUAUUUUAUUUAGAGUUGAAUCAUUACCGUAAAAUGUACUGUAUAACAAUGCUGCAUUGUUUGAUUGUUAGACAGGGUUGUCAAUGCAUUACAGGUACAAAAUGUGAAUCUGUAAAGUAACUAUUAACGAGCUGUCAAAUAAAUGAGCUGGA